AUGUUCUUCGCUUCAGCCCUCCUCUCCUGCGUCCUCGCUUUCCAGCUGUCGUCGGUCGGCGUCGCCGGCUACACCUACAAUCGACUCGACAAGACCAAGGCAAUGCUUCUUGUCGUCGACCAACAGGAGGGCCUAUUCCUGCUUGCUCGCGACCGCGACCAAGUACACUUCAGGAACGACAUCUUCGCGCAUUCCGCACUCGCCAAGGUGUUCGAUCUUCCAGUCGUCAUCACGUCCAGCUCCGAAACUGGACCCAACGGACUUAUACCCCAUGAAGUUAUCGACAUGCACCCCGAAGCGCCGUUCAUCAAGCGCCAGGGUGAGGUCGAUGCUUGGGACAACGAGGACUUCCGCAACGCCGUCUACGCUGCCAACCGCACUCAGGUCAUUGUAUCCGGUAUCACCACAGACGUCUGCGCUACCUUCCUCUCCCUCUCUCUCCUCGAGGCUGGCUUCCAGGUGUGGCACAAUGUUGACGCUAGCGGAACCUUCGAUGUCCGCACUGCGAACGACGCGAACGACCGCAUGCGCCACGCGGGCGUAAACGUUCUCUCUUCUUUCGCCAUCGCGAGCGAGCUGAUGCGCGAUUGGCGCGCCACCCCUGGCGCAAAGGAGAUGGUUCCCUUCUUCGAUACUUACCUGCCUACCUACGGUAUGCUCGCGCGUGGACACGAUUCGGCCAUCGAGAACGGCACGCUUUCGGGGCUGCCUUUGGAGACUGAGUAA